AUGAAUUUUAAAAGUAAAUGUAAAACAAAUAACCAAAAAUUCAAACCUUGUUCUGAUAAAAUUUUGAUACCACAAAGACGAGAAAUUAAAAUGAAUAAACGAGAUAAUUUAAAAGAUAUAUUAUAUUUGAUGGGUUUAACACAAAUAUUAUUAUCUCAACAAAUUAAACCUUCAAAACAAAAAGAUAAUGAAACAGAUAAAGAAUCAGAUAAUGAA